UCAUCGAUUGACUGGAACAAGCUUCCUAAGCUCGCCAGUACUCCAGCCUCCACUGCCUAAACUCGCCAGAAAGGCCGUAAUGGCUCAGAAACUCGCUGUUUUUGCAGUCACGUUGGCAUGCCUCGCCGCAGUAGGAUUCGCGCGUCCGGGCAUGCGCACUCAGCUGCAGAAUAUCCACACGAACGACGUGUUCCUGGGCACGUACCAGGGCUCGCUAUACGCUGAACUGGACCAUGUGGACGGCGCCAGCAAGGUCUCAGACGGCUACGCCUACAUGGCAAUCUACAAAAAGGACGACGACUACAACAUCCGCUUCGGCGCCGAGUCCGAGACGAAGGAGCCCGGGGAGCCCACCGCGUUCACCGUCAAUAACGCGGCCGACAAUAGCGUGGUUAUCGACUUGGCCGCAGGGCAAACGUACAAGAACACCACGUACGAGCUGCGCGUAUUUAAGUUCCUCCAGAAGUACAUCCCAUACGAGUACCGUUUCAAGGGCAAGUGGACCGGGGCCAGCACGGUCACCGUCGGCGCUGGCACUCUCAAGGACACCAUUGACGCGAUGAUCCAGACUCCGACAAACUACUACGCGAUUUUCAACACCGCGACGUACCCUGCUGGCUGCGCUAAGGGCGAGUUCGAGUUCAUCAAGCCGUGGUGGAAGCGCCUGUAAGCUCAGGCCUGAGCAGGCGGGGGUGGUUACACAUCGGGAAGCUCAGCUCAGCUAUGCUGAGGAAGGGGGUGUGGCAGAGGAAACUUGGGAGGGGGGGGGGGUUGUUGGAUGAUGUUGAUCUGUGGAGUGGGGUAAUGAAAGAGACCAGGGGGGAUGUAGUUUGUAGACAAAUGCAGGGUAUUUGUUCACUUGCUUGGUGAACCUCUCCCCUCCAUAUGUAGACUGGGUUUUCAUUUGUUGGUGGGCUGCAAGCAGGCAACCAGUAGAGCAUGAGAUGUUAUCAUUUCAGAAUGUUGAAAACCCCUUAGAUUCUG